AAAAAGCUCAAAACGACCCCUGAAUGGAUCGUCUAGCGCAGGUUUUCACCCAGCAGGACGAGCUAAUCGCUCCGGUUGGGGUUUACCAGAAUGAAUAUGAGGCCAUCAAGGAACUGUACUCUCUGCCAGCGGAAAAGAGGCAGCGCUUCCAGGAGCUGACGCUUCUGGUUCUGGUGGACCUGGAACAGCCGCAUGAUAGGAAAUCGUUAGCCGAAAGAUCACGGAUGUGGCGCGAUAGGGGCAACCGUCUAUUUAGAUCCUCCGCAAAGGAACUUGGUCCAGAGGCGGAGGCGGAACGGGUCCUCGGGGCAUGUCGCCUCUACACAAGGGCCGUGCUAGAAGCAGAAGACGUUGAAGGUGAACUUUGUUUCGCAUUUGCUAACCGCGGAAUGGCACUGCAAGAAUACGGCUACUACCAAGAGGCCUACGACGACUGCGCCAAUGCCUUGGAGUUCGGGUAUCCCAGGAGACUGCAGCACAAGAUAAUUAUACGGCAAGCUCACUGUGCCUCGAAACUGAAACGAACCGAGCAACUGGCGGAGCACAUAGCGUGCUUGGAUAAGUUGGAGCUGAAUGAAAGCUUUCGCCAGCAGCUGGAGGAUCUAAAAAAGAAUCUGGAAUUGCUGCAAAGCCAGUCGUCAAACGAGGAAUCAGUCGAUGAUCAAGAGACGUUCGAUCCCAUCCAGGAAAUCAUCAAAGAGUCUGGCAGCCGUGGUCGCUACAUGAUUGCCAAGGAAGCCAUGCCGCAAGGCAAAAUCAUAUUCAGGGAGCAGGCCACCUGCUUUGUGCCCCUGGAGCAGAGACUAAUUUGCCAGCAAUGCGCCUCCAGCCUGAUGUGCGCUCCCAUUCCCUGUCCCCAGUGUCGGCAGCGAGUGGUCUACUGCUGCCGAGGAUGUCGCGAGCGCCACGAACCCAUCCACAGAUUCGAAUGUGUCGCUUACCGCAAAGAUCUGCUCAAAAUGGUAGGCGUUUCGCACUUGGCGCUGCGCAUGGUCCUGAGCUAUAUGCCGUCAAUGGUGCCACAGCUGCAGGCAUGCCCAGACUCGUCCGAGAUGUGGUCUACGCUCAUGACUCUGGCCACGGGAGCCGACAAGGAAGAUGAGCAGACACCGCAGUAUCUGCAGAGCCUGCGCAUGAUAAGUCACCUGGACAAGGCGCCUCAGGCAGAGCUGGUCUACCACAUGCUUUGCGCCAACCUCCUGCAACUCUAUCUAAAGGAGUACACUGACUACUUUGAUCAGUUCCAGGCCAUGAAUGCCUCCCUUGAGGACUGGCACUUGAUUGUAGCCGCUUUAAUUCUACGUAGUGCCGGUCAGCUCCUGGUUAACGGCCAUGUCGGGGACGCCCUGCUGGCAGUGAACCUGGAGGCCAACGAGUUUGGUCUACUGCAGCCGGACAUGUGGCGGAAACCCCGCCACCUCAAGCUGGGUCAACUGCAUAAUCUCAGUCAAACAGAGCCCCUCACAGCCAUCAAUCUGCCCUAUCUGAGCCUCUGCAAUCAUGCCUGUGCCCCCUCCAUACGCACCAAGUUCGACGGCUGCACGGCGGUCAGCUACUCGGCAGUGGAAAUUGGAGCGGGCGAGGAGAUCUUCAACUGCUAUACGAUGGACUACAAAAAGAGCAUGAUCUGCCAGAGGUCGCAGCCGUUGCAGCAAGUGUACAAAUUUGACUGCAGCUGUGAGAAGUGUACUCGACCAGAUCCAGAUCAGGACUACUUCAAGUUCCAUCGGUAUCGCUGUGAUAACCCAAACUGUCUUCGAGAAUUUUCGCCCGAGCCACUGCCCCACCAGACUAACCUCAACUGGUGGAUGCAGCGCCCGGAUGCAGCAGAAUCUUCCGUUUCCUGCCCUGUCUGCAAAGAGACCCAAGUCUUCGCCUGGUACAAUGAUUUUAUGUGCCUCAUCGACGGCUGUGGUGAGGUCAAAGCAAGACGAGCACUCUACAAGGCAUUCGAUGGUCUGGACAAGUGGUUGUUGGGACACCACAUCUUGAAGAGGAAGCUGGCGGAGGUGCUCAUCGAACCAUGCUUUGCUGAAAUGGACGAGGGUUGCGUUUUGGACGACGUGGACCUCGAGAAUCUGACGCGUAUAAUCGAGACACAGCUAGAGGGCACUGCCGCUCAGAGUGGCGCCAACUCGAUGGAGUACCUCAGCCAGAUGACCUAUCUGUGGGAUCUAUGGGCAUUGAGCAAAUGCAAGCGAAGCGACCAACAACUGCAGGAAAUGAGGGGCAGGCUUGAGUAUCUUGCCGCUGAGCAAAGGGAGAUCUUCGAGAAUUAUUACAACGAGUUUAUUGAGCAACAAUGUAAAUAACGCUUUGUACAAUAUAAACCCAUAAGUUUUGAGUCGUGGAACAAAAAGGUCCUCUGCUGAAUGUUUGUAGCUCGAAACUUAAAAGGCGUUUACAUUGGCAGACGUGCGGUCU